AUGUCUACUAGGAAGUGUGCAUCUGGAUUUGAAAAACAGAAAGAGCAUUGGGAGAAUGUGCUAUUAAGAAUUAUAAUUGUAAAAAAUCUUUCAAAAAAUAAUUUGGCAUUUUGUGGUACAAAUGAAAAGAUUUAUCAAGAAAAUAAUGGAAAUUUUUUUAGUUUAAUUGAAAUGAUUGCUGAGUUUGAUCCAAUAAUGCAAGAACACCUUAGACGUAUUCAAAAUGGAGAAAUUCAUACUCAUUAUCUUGGUCACAAUAUACAAAAUGAGUUGAUAAAUGUUUUAGCAUUAGAAAUAAGAAAUACCAUUAUUAAGAAAAUAAAAGUGGAUGAUACUUAUGGUCAAGACCUUUUUAAUGUUCUCACAAAUCAUGUUUCUAAUUUAACACUUAAGCCAUUAUCACAAACACGUUGGGAAAGUCACAUAAAUUUUGUCACCACGCAAAUUCACACUCAUUUACGCUCGCCUACAGUUGAUCUUUCCUCACCUACUCGCUUCAUCAAUUUUUCUCUUUCCAUGGACCAUGGAUAUUUGCCGCAAUGGGAUAAACUUCCAGGUGGCCAUCGUGAAAAGGGAGGACGCGCACGCCAAACCAACCCAAAACCCUAG